AUGUUAUGCUGCUGCAUGACUACAUCGUGCGUUUUGAUUAGCACAGCCAACUGUGGCUCGUGCUUAAUUAAAGCUGCAUGUUUUCAAUGGAGUAUACAUCAUGUCAACCAUUGCAUACUUGGCCAUCUCCAGUUGAAGAAGACAUCUUCAGAUGGUGAUCCAGAUAUCUGCAUUACCCAGAGUGACACCGUUUACUCAGCGCAUAAGAGAAGAGCAAAUAAGAUGCUCAUGUAUUGCGAAGAAACUAUACUACGAGGCAUUCCUUUGCUCCGGAGCUGCUGCAGCUUUACUUCACUGAAGACAAGAGGGGCAGAUGCGGUAGGAGAUCUAGGUCGUUUUGGUGGAUUGUGA